AACGUAGACGUCAGAUUGGGAGAAAUGUCGCUACCGUCUGGGCCACGUCUUUUGCUGCUGGGGCUGGCCAUGGUGGCUGCAGGAAUCAGUGGAGGCAGCGCCACGUUCCGCGCGGGCAGAGCCACCCUGCCACGCGCUGAGCUCCUCAAGACCAUCAAGCUCAGGAUCUACGGCAGCUCGACGGCGGACUUCGCCGAGUACCUGCUCGAGUCGCAGGCCGACGGCCUGCUCAAGGACCCCCGGUUCAACGCCAACAAGCCGACCGUGCUGUACUACCACGGGUACACCGAGCACGGCGACAAGGAGAGCGUGCAGACGGUCAUGUCCGCGUUCAUACGACAGGCCAAGUUCAACGUGGUGUUCGUCGACUGGUCCAAGGUCGCCGCCGAGUUCUACGUGAUCCCGCUGCUGCUGGUGCCCGAGGUGGCCAAGCUGGUGGCCAAGCAGCUGGACGCCUGGCACGCCGGGCGCCAGCUCGCCAUCGACAGCCUGUACCUGGUGGGGCACUCGCUCGGCGGCCAGGCGGCCGGGCUCACGGGCAAGAACCUCAGGAACGGGAAGGUGCCUAGGGUCACGGCACUGGAUCCGGCGCUGCCAGGUUUCAACGUCAAGAGCCUCACGACCAACCACAUCGCGCCCUCGGACGCGCACUUCGUCGACGUGAUCCACACGGACGGGGGCAACUACGGCGUCCAGUACGCCACCGGGGACGCCGACUUCUACCCUAACGGCGGGCGGAGGUUGCAGCCCGGCUGCACGCCCAACGCGCGCGCGCUCUCGGACGAGGACUUCUGCAGCCACUGGCGCUCCUGGCGCUUCUUCGCCGAGUCCCUGGACCCCGAGCUGCCGCCGUACGUCGGCGUAGAGUGCGCCAGCUACGACGACUUCGCCGCCGGCAAGUGCGAGGACAACAAGAAAGCCAUUAUGGGAUUCAACACGCCAGUCAGCACGAGAGGCAGCUUCUACCUGGAGACGUCCGACUCCAGGCCCUUCUCCAAGGCGGAGCUUGGGCUGCGGUCCAGCCGAGCCCCCCGCCGCAUGGUCGCCAGGAAGAUGAUACCCCGACGGCGCUUCUUCUGGUUCCUUUGAGCAGCUCGCUGCACCUGGAGGCUGUGAAUUACCUUUGUGAUAUACCUUAUAGCAUAGCGUUUAAAACGUCGGACGAGCAGAGUUUAGGGACACAAAACUAUGUCGGGAGGGGGGGGGGGGGGGGGGGGGGGAGGGGAACUCUAGUGUUUUACAAUCUCGCCAUUCUAAUUCUAAUUAAUUUAACCGACACUUUAGCAACAACGAUUCACCCGAACUCGCCCAUCGCACUGAGACACGCGUGGGUGACUCGACCCAGUGAUUAUGUAAUAGUGAAGACAGAGAUCGCCACUCAUACACCGCCACCGUCACUAACAACGUCAACACGACUCACAUAUUCCUUUCACAAAAAAUCACCAAAACUGACAUCUUUCUUCAUUUUGAACAGAAAAUUUUCUUUCAGAAGUUUAUUUGUUUAUGUUCAUGUUUUUUUUGUUUUUUUUCUUUUGAUGCAUCAGCCAUCAGCCACUGUAGAAAUAAAUAAUAAAAAGUACGUUUUGUAGA